UGGAGCAUUUUUCUUUAUACGGCUUGCUUUGUGCUCUCUAGCGCUCUGGCACCAGGCCCCAGGAGCGCUUCUCCAUUGUCUUUCACUUCGGGAGGUGCACAGCCACCGAGUAUAUCUCGUGGUUACUUUUGUGCGCUCACAAAGGCAACAACCGGUUUACGAAACAAAGAAAUUUUUUGGCUGAGCAAACGUUCCCGCCUGGCCAGGCCAGCGUGCCUUGACCAAUAUGAGGUGAUGCCGAAGCUCAGCCGUUCCACACGCCAGGCCAUGCGCCUUUUGUUCUGCCUUUAGAAGCUCAGGCUGGACUAUACGUGGGUGCGUGUAACCGAGUGGUAAGCAGUCCUAUAACCUAUAUAACGAUGUCCAUCGCUUAGCGAAAAGACUAUUAUUUUCCUGGCUCCAGCCGCUGAUACUUCCACUCUCUUAUAGGUAUUCCUUGCUACUGUCUUGUAGACAGUCACUAUGCCUGUGUCAAUAGACAUUGUUCCGUUUUCGGAUUCUUUAGAAUUACAUGGAGAAUCGGACUUUUCAUCUGCCUUUUCUCUGGCAGGCCAUGUGUCCGUUUCACUCAGUUCACCUUUGCUUAUGUUCCAGCGCCGGCGGAGCACAACGCGUGCUUUGCUGCAGUCGCUCACCGUCACAUUCGAGGGACAAUCCGAAGUAAUCACCCCAGACAUUGGGUAUGCCCCUCUGCGUCUCUGCUCCAUCACUCGCGAGCUUGUAAAUGGUGAACCCGUCGACCUCUCUAACGAAGGGCACGAAGAUUCAGAUAAGCCCUGUUCUUGGAAUGUCACUUUUGACAUCCCUGUUCCUGGCUGGUUGCCGACCACGUCUACAUACGGGGAUCACGGCGCAGUUGAAGCUGGGACGCGCUACGCAUUGUAUGCUACCGCAACUUUUAUCUAUCCCGAGGAUGGCAGCUCCUCUAUUUUCAGCAGCUUUUGUUCACCUUUCGGCUGUCGCACUCACACCAUUAAUGCGCCAAUGUGUCCAGUCACUCUCGCUCGUUUUGCCGAGGUUCCUUCUGCCCCUUCGUCUUCUUCUUCUACCUCUGUUUUCCCUAUGUCAUUGUUCAUCGUCGAUGCACAAUCAGGGCAAGAUGGAACAGAAACAAACGCAAAAACAAUUCCUCCUGAAAUUUUGAAGAAGAUCCAGGUCGUUGCGUCCAUUCCAAACGCAAUAACAAUGGAUGAAACAUCCGUCCCCCUCAUUCUGCGUUUACAAGGCAGUGAAUUGGACUGCUCUCAGCGAGAGCGCCUUCGAAUAACUGAUUUCACUGUCGAUGUUGAACAGAUUGAAACGUACAGGAGUACUACUUCUCUUGAUUACGUAGCUCGAUAUAUGGUCCCACCCAGGGCACAACAACCUCCUUGUUGCCCCCUUCGGAAUGCACAUUCUGUGCAUACACUCUAUGAUGUCGGCCUUCUCAUGAUUCCAUAUCCUUCCAAGUCCAGCUCGACCCGUUCAUUUUCCCUCUUCGAUCCCUCGAAUUCUGGGACGUACAUUAUCUCUGGUGACGGUCGUAUCUUCUCGCAUGACUCUCCAGAGGGCGAUGCGACCACUCGUUCUCCAUCAGAGAACUGGUAUGUGCUCGAGACAGAUGUGCCUUUGGCACAGAAGCCCUAUCAAUUGGAUUGGGCUGGGCCCCGAAUCCGUCGUAUCUCUGAAAAUAGCCCUCUUUUCACUGUGUGCCAUAUGAUGCACGUCGGGCUCCGGUGUGUCUACGAACAACCUGACGGCGAGGUUGUGUGUGAACGCCUCCAUUUUUCACUGCCCAUGCAGCUUGUGCGGGUAGCUGCCCCGCUGACUUCGCCCGCCACUGAUUGCACCGUUGACGGUCCAGUCGAACUCCAGAAAAGCGCUUCAUACAGCCAGAAUCUUCCCGCAUACUCUCAGCUCUUCUAUUCGAAUGGAGAACGCAAGAUCGAUUACUCAACUCCUCUCCCACUUUACGAACCCCCACAAUCGGCUUCGUCAUCUUCAUUUACCCUUGAUCAAAGUGACGAUCAUCGAAAAUCAAUCUCAUAAUUUUCUGAAUUGCAUGCGCACCAACACUCGUACUCCAAACCAAAGACAUCAAUAUCGUCAUGUAUAAUGGGACAUUUGGUCCACCGCACAUUCCUUUCUUUCGAUCCGCUGUCGUGCUGCUCUUUCGUCCUGUUUUCAUUCGCGUUGAUCUAGCCCGCAUACCAAUCGUUCCUCGUACCUCGCAACCAAUCUCGAAAAGAAUUAUAUCACCUCAACUUGUUAUUCCGUACAUCAUGUAACAAACAUACACUGCAGUAAUGGAGUCUCGUCAUUGUCACUAUGAAUUCUGAUCCUAGUCCUCAAUCCUAGGCAACGCCUGGUGUCACUGC